AUGCAGUGUGAACCCAAUCCGAUAUUUUUGUUAUCUUCCUCCACACAACUCAGCUCUGGAAUGGCAUUUUCUGGCUGGCAGAACAGUCCCGGUGGGCAUUCCGUCGGCGCCAAGCUGGUGGCUCGUGCCCAGAACGAAAACGAACAGGUGGUGCCCGGCACGGUCUUUUUGUCGUACCAUGGCGAGGGUCAGCCCUGGGGCCGGACCCUGUCUGACGCCAACGAGAAGAUUAGCACCAAGCGGUUGGACGACAUUGAUCGGAUUUGCAUUGAGAUGAUUCUCAACAUUGAAAGGACACGUGGCCCGAUUGUUCCCAGCCUUCAGGAGUCUCCUACGAGCUGUUCCGUGGAACUGACUCGGAAGGAGCUGGACCACAUGAUCGAGACUCCUGCUUUCGAGCUGGACCGUCCCACGGUCGACAGCGACUGGGGCGGCAAGUUCCCACGUGCGAGAGCGCUGGAAAUUGAGGCACUGUUAUACAAUGAGUUCUUCAAGGAGAACCAACACAGUGUGACCUCUCCUGCACGCAGACGUCGUGACCAAAAGUACAGACAAAAGUACUACCAGCCGUUUGUGGACCCCGGCGUGGGCCCCAGGGAGACAGACAGGGAGUACAGAAAGUUUCUUGCCGCUCAGCAGAGGGAUGCCGAGACCAGAGGCAAGCCCGAGAGGGAAGAGGACAGCAAAGGAGAAGGACUGUUUUCCGACAAGUUUUAUUCUGCCAACGAUAUCGAGGAGGAGGCUCAGCGCGACAACGACACCGAAGAUGCAGUUACUGGUACUAUCUGGAGCGAAAACGAGAAGGAACACUUCUUCUCUCUUCUAGGACGAGUGGGGAGACACCGACUGGGCGAGAUUGCCGACGCAAUGGACUCCAAGUCACUUGCCGAGGUCGAGGAGUACCACGAUCUGCUGUUUACCGCGUCUGAGCACCAGAAGGAAAUGUUCAAUGUCCGAGUAAAUGCUGGGGAGGAGUUCAUUCCGGAAAAAGACCGACCGGUUUCGUUCAAGGAGAUCCCAGCUGCUUGUGAAAUGUCCGACAAGUGGAUCGCUCUGGAGGAGUCGUUUGCUCACGGUAUCGCCAAGUGGGAAGAUGAGCAUAUGGCUAAAGGGGAGGAGCCGUUUUGUUCGAUGAGAGUUGGGGACGAGACGAAAGAGAACGCGUCUGAGGACUUACUCAAAACCGAGGCGUUGGUGUCUCUUGCUGCAGAAAUCUUCUACCCCAAUCCUGCCAAUGGUAUGGAUAUUCAAAGCAAGGAGUACAACACUGACUUGCCUGUGUUUGAGGGUAUUGAGGGAGAUGCAAUCAAGGAGUUGUUGAUUAGAAUCGUCGACAAGACCCGCGAAUUAUUCCGCAACUACAUGGAAGUUGAUAAAACUACGUAUGCUCGAACAGACAGCACCAUGUCUACCGGAAAUAUGCUGUUUGUUCAAGGGCUCAGGUACAACAAAUUGUCUCGUUUCUUCCGGAGCUACUGGGAGAGAAGUGGAUCUGAGUACGUGGAUGAGAGAUCGGAGGUUCCGUUCCCGGAGUCACUUGUUACACCCGGAACAACUGAAGAACAGCACAAGAAGAUUUUCGGAGAAAUCAAGGAUGCCGCACUUCCAAAGCUGUACACAAACACAGGUCUGCUUGCUGCGAGUGUGAAGAGCAUGUCCAAGCUGGACAAGGUCAAAUUUUUGGACGUCAAGGAGCAGGAGAGGUUGAAUGGUAUGAUUGAGGAGGAAAAAAAGUACAAGCGUGAACUUGAGGAGGGAAAUCUAGAGUGGGAUUUCACCCCUGAAGCACCAAAGAAACCGUACAAAACCCGUUCCGAAAGGAAUCUAUCCGAGAUUCUCAUGGAAAAGAGAGACCAAGUUGAUACCGAUUACUUGUACCCCUUCAAGAGCGCCCAUGUCCCCGUGUUUCUCGAUAUUAUGCACAUGGAGGAGACCGGUAUGCUUGAGAAUUUGGAUGAGCGCAAUUCUAAGAUUAUGGAGGCCGGUCUGACUCGCUUGCUUGCAGGUGCUGCUCCAUACACAUACCCCAGGAUCACUACUCAGGUUAACAAGCUCAUGUAUGAGCAGGACAAGAAGCUGGAGGAAAGAUUCAAGGAGAAGAUGCUGCGGUACAAAUACGACGGCGAGGGGAAGGAGAUCAAUAUGUGGAAGCAGGAUCUGCCUCAUGUGAGGGAGGAGAUGAUAAGACGACCACAAGACGUCCUCUGGAAGGCUAGAGAUGAAUAUGUUUACGGUCUCCCCUGGUAUAACCCCGGUACGAGAGGUCCCGGAGGCGGUUUGAACCAGCCAGAAAACUCUUACCCUCCUAGUGUUCCGUAUCCUUCUUCUGAUGAUCCUGUCCAGGAUAGGACAAGAUACAUAUAUCCUGACGGAUCCUUAUACGACGAAUAUAGCCGACAGGUAUUCCAGUUUCGCCGCGCGCGCCCGUUCUUUGAGCUCACCCAUUCUCCCUACAUUGAGAUUGGCAGGGGUAUGCUGAGUGAGUGGAUGGACCAUGAUGAUAUUGAGAAGGGAACUCGGGACCAUGUGAUGGGCAUGAGGCAAUACUUCCACAACUUUACCGACACACCGCCAACUAACCCGUACUCUGUGUACUACGAGGAGGAGCGUCCGAAAUAUGAAACUGCAGAGGAUGCGGAAUAUGAGAUUGAAGAUGAGAAAGAUGCAGCCGCUGACCCCCCUCUUGCUGUGUUGGGGGUGGUGGAGGAGAAGAAGGAGGAGGAGAAGAAGGAGGAGGAUGAGGUGGUGGAACAGUCGCCGCCGCCGAAACACUUGUCCUUGUAUCUUUCGAAGCAGCAGCGACAAGAUAUGCAGGAACGGAUGCGGCAGGAGUAUCAGGAUGUGGUGGAUAAGCUGGCACAGAGUGGAUACGAAAACGUGGAGAGAUUUGGCAUAUCGCCGUUCGAUCUUAACCCCAUUUAUGGCCACUCUGGUUUGUUGCUUCAAUAUGACACCCUGAACUUCCGAUCCGACGAUAUUCCUGGUCGGUUCAUGGUGCAGCAGCGGGAAUCAUACAAUCAAAUGCAUAUCCGGCAGCCACAAGACAAUGACUAUGUGGACCCUAACGAAUACACACCGGGCCGUGGUCUAAAACGCAAAGCUCGUAACCACGAGGAGGACACAAGGCCGUCUAAGAUGCCCAGGUUGGAAGGCAGCGAGGUGCGGAGGCUGGAGGAGAUGUCCAUGACGAACAAUGGAUCGGAGGAUCCUGUUUGCAGAGUUAGUUAG